AUGGUUAACUCUUAUAUUCCAUCUUCGGGGGAUAGAACUAGAAAAUAUGGUACAACAACAUGGAUUUUCGACGAAAAUUUCAAGAUUCACUAUCAACAACAUAUUGAACUAGAUAGCAACACUGGAUUGCGGAGAGAUGUUAUAAAGAUAUUAUUCAAUUUAACAACUAUUCCAUCAGAUACAAAAGAUUAUAUUACCUCGUUUAAACUGAAUGGUGAUGAAUAUAUAGUAACACCACCUGAUUAUAGUAAAUUCCAAACAAGAAGACAUUUAUUUAUGAAUGGUAUAGAUGUUGUUACAGGUGAAAAUAUUCAUUUACAAAGAGAGGUCAUAAUAUAA